UUCUUCCGUCUCCCCUCUUGUAAGUUGUGAUAGUAUCAUCCCUCUAUAUUUCCAUUUUGUAUAUAUAUAUAUGUACUUUGGCAACCAAACAUGAAAUAUCAAAUUUCAAAAACUUAUUUUUUAAGAUUGCGUUCAAUAGCUCUAUUUUAUUUCCCCUCCAACCAAACACAUCAUAAAUAGCAAAACAAAAACCCUACGCCAACGUAAUUAUAUUAAACAAUUAAAGGCAAAACACCAAACAAAAGCUGAAAUACAAUCAAUACAAAGUUUCAACAAAUAUUUCCUAUUUCUAGUAUUUCACUUGAAUUUUUUCUCUACCCUUAAAAGAAAAACAACCUCCGGCCGAUAUUUCUUGUUUCAACUUAGAUUAUCUUUAAUUUUCAUGGAAAUGCUCAUACCAUUCCGACCAAAUUCAGUCCCUCUUACACCUAUCCACUUCUUAGAAAGAGCGGCCACCGCGUUCGUGGACUGCCCAGCCUUGGUCUAUAAUAAUAACAACAACAAUAAUAAUGGUGGUGGUAGUGUGACGACCACUUAUACUUGGGACCAAACUCAUCAACGAUGUCUACAGGCGGCGUCCUCCAUCAAGUCCCUUGGUAUCAAGCAAGGGGACGUGGUAUCGGUCUUAGCCCCGAAUAUCCCUGCCAUGUACGAACUUCAGUUCUCGGUUCCUAUGGCGGGGGCUAUCGUCAACAAUAUCAACACCCGCCUAGACCCUCGUACGCUUUCGGUUCUGUUACGCCACAGUGAAUCUAAGCUUGUUUUUGUUGACCAUCUUCUUCACCCGCUACUUGUCCGUGCUCUCUCUCUUUUCCCACCUGGUGCACCUCAUCCUCUCAUCAUCCUCAUCAAAGAAGACAACACUGAUGAUAAUACCAAUGGUAGUAUCAAGGGAACAAACAUGGUUGCUAACUACAACCAAUUAGUGGACGGAGGUAACCCGGGUUUCGAGUGGGUUCGGCCUAAGAGCGAGUGGGAUGCAAUCGCUCUUAACUACACAUCUGGAACCACUAACUCCCCUAAGGGAGUAGUCCUCAGUCAUAGAGGUAAUUACCUUUUAGCACUUGAUACGCUCCUUGAAUGGUCGGUUCCAAAGCAGCCCGUCUACUUAUGGACCUUACCCAUGUUCCAUGCUAACGGAUGGAGCUUAACAUGGGGGAUGGCCGCAGUGGGGGCAAAGAAUAUCUGUCUCCGGAAAUUCGAUGCUCCCACUGUCUAUAAUGCCAUCCAACACCACCAUGUGUCCCACAUGUGCGGAGCACCCGUGGUGCUCAACAUGUUAGCCAAUCUUCCUAACGCCAAACCCUUAAAAAACACUGUCCAUAUCCUUACGGCUGGAGCCCCACCACCCGCCUCCGUCCUCUUUCGGACAGAGUCCUUAGGGUUUGUGGUUAGUCACGGGUAUGGGCUCACUGAAACGGGUGGGUUGGUUGUCAACUCUGCAUGGAAGGCCAAGUGGGACCGCCUACCUGCCGAGGACCGAGCUAGGUUAAAAGCUAGACAAGGUGUAGGAUCGCUAGGGAUGACUGAGGUUGAUAUUUUGGACCCUAUAACGGGUCAAGCAGUGAGAAGAGAUGGCUCCACCUUAGGAGAAGUUGUAUUAAGAGGAGGAAGUGUUAUGCUAGGGUACCUGAAAGACCCGGAAGGCACAUCCAAGUCCAUGACCCGAACCGGAUGGUUUCGAACGGGUGAUGUCGGUGUCAUACACCAUGAUGGAUACCUAGAGAUCAAGGAUAGACUCAAGGAUAUAAUCAUAAGUGGUGGUGAAAACAUAAGUAGUGUGGAGGUUGAGGCAGUGUUGUACACCCACCCGGCGGUGAACGAGGCGGCUGUGGUGGCUCGCCCUGAUGAGUUUUGGGGGGAGACACCUUGUGCAUUCCUUAGCUUAAAGAGGAAAGGUGAUGAAGAGGUUACGGAGAAGGCGGUAAUCGACUAUUGUAGGGAGAGGAUGGCACAUUACAUGGUGCCUAAGACGGUGGUUUUCCAGGAGGAGCUGCCUAAGACUUCCACCGGAAAAGUUCAGAAGUUUCUAUUAAGGGAAACCGCUAAAGCAAUGGGCCCACUUAAGGUAUGUUCUUAUACUAAUAAUAAGGUCAUUACUCAAAUCAGUCGAAUGCAAUGAUGUAACUGUAAAUUUAUUAAUUAAGGAGUUUGAUUAAGUUUCGUUUUCUUCCAAAUGUAUGUUUUUUUUUUCCAUUUUCUUUUCUUGAAGAGUUGUUCUACUAAGGUUUAGCAAAGUUUAAUGUAACAUUAUUACUAAGCUAUUAAAUUUGGUUGGUUAUGGUUUUU